ACUAUUUCUAGACUGGGCAAACGUGCUCUGGGAAGCCAGUGGCCUGGACAGGAGUUUUGAGAGGUGCUGGCUGCUGCCUCUACUCCUCCCCCUUGCCCAGGGCACUACCCAUCUGGCCCCAACCCCACUGACCACCACACCUGACCAUGCCUGGGGAGGCCCGAGAAGGUAAGCAUGGGGCAUCCUAUCUACCAUGGAUUCCCCCAGUCCAACCUUUCUGAGGAAACAGGGACAGCUUUUCCCCAAGACACCCGGCUUUCUCACCGUAAUUCCCAAUCUGGCCCAUCACGUUGGAGAGAAGCUCUUUCCCUCACAGAUGCCAUCCUGCCCAUUAUGGUGAGCCCAAGCACUGGGACCAUUCCACCCAGCCACCUCACUGAGGUCAGCCUGCACCCUGUGGAGUCCAUCAGUGACCUGCACAACGGAGCAUCCCUGCAUCCCUACCUGUCCGAUGAGCCGACCUCUCAGCAAUGGGAAGAACUCAUGGGCAUACUGCCCCCCUCCCUCUGCGUCCAGGCUGGCUGCAACCCAGCCCACGGGCGCGGGGCCUUCUUGUUGCUGCUGGCGCUGCUCAUCCUCACCUGCCUUGCCCUUGCCAUCCUGGCUGUCUACCUGAGCGUGCUGCAGAGCGAGUCCCUGCGGGUCCUGGCCCACACGCUCCAGGUGCAGGAGGAGACGCUGCUCAAGCUCCGGCUGGCCAGCCUCAACCAGUGGCGACGGCUCAACGGCAGCGACGCUCGGGGCCUUAGCUGAGCAGGGAGCCGGCCUUGGCGGCCUCCUCUGCCCCCAGGCUCGGGCCGGGGACCCUCUGCCCGUGCUCGAGGACGGCGGCGGGCGACGCCUGCGGCCCAUAAUUAUGUGCCCAACCGCACCCUCCCCAUUUAUAUGUUUCUACAGUACAUUUUUUAUAUCAAUAAAUGGCUCAGUCUUAAGCCUGUCCUCA